AUGCCUUCCGCCGAGACCAUUUCGACCAGUACAGUUGAGCCUAAGAUCCUGGGUGGUAACCCCGCGGCCAAGACCCGAUGCCUCGAGCCGCUGGUGUAUUCAGGAUUGCUGGAGAGGUUCACCCAUGCAGACAUCACACCCGUCAUUGGUCGCGAGUAUGAAGGUCUCCAGGUGACUGAACUGCUCUCGGCAGAUGACGCCGUGAUCAAGGAUCUCGCCAGCAUCAUCUCACAACGUGGAGUUGUCUUCCUUCGUGAUCAGGUUGUGACCCCGGAGGAGAUGAAACAAUUCUGUCUCCGAUUGACAGAAGUUGCUGGAUGUCCCGAGUCGUCAGGCCUACAUGUCCACCCGCUGACGGAGGAGGGCAGUGAGCUCGGUGACCAGAUCAGCGUUAUCAGCAGUGAGAAGCAGAAGAAGGGCGGUGGUCUCACUCAUCAGCUCAGUGAUGUUAGCCGCUUUGCCAGUGCUGGCUGGCACACUGAUAUCUCAUUCGAACCGGUCCCCUCAGACUAUGCGAUGCUGAAGAUUCACACACUUCCCAAGACAGGAGGUGACACUCUCUGGGCAUCUGGCUAUGAAAUCUACGACCGUUUGUCCCCUAGCAUGCAAAAGUUCCUCGAGGGCCUGACAGCUACGCACGAUGCAAGCUUUUUCCAUGAGGAGGCGAGGCGUCUCGGCAACCCAAUCCGAAAGGAUAUCCGAGGUUCGCCGCUGAACACUGGCGAGAACCUUCAAGCAAUUCACCCCGUGAUCCGAACAAAUCCUGUGACGGGGUGGAAGUCUGUCUACGUCAACAAGGGCUUCACCAAGCGCAUCAACGGUGUGACCAAGGACGAGUCCGACAUGCUCCUCAGCUACCUUUUCAACCUUGUGACCCAAAAUCACGACGCCCAGGUGCGGUUCAAGUGGCGUAAGAACGACAUGGCCAUCUGGGAUAACCGCAGCAUGUGGCAUUGCGCCACCUACGACUACGUCGAAGCUCGAGCAGGCGACCGAGUCGCCUCGCUGGGAGAGGCACCUUACUUGGAUCUCACAAGCAAAAGUAGACGCGAGGCGCUCGGACUUUGA